CGUGUCUGUGUCUACAAGGGAAAAAUUGAGCAAAUUAAAUAUUUUUAAAAUAAUCAUGUAAAAUUUUAACAAUUGCAAAAAAAUACAAAUUUCAUAAUGUUCAAGAUUGAAUCCUAUAUAACACCAAUUAUUCUAAAUUACUUGGCGAAAUAUGUUAAAAAUAUACGACCGCAAGAUUUUCAAGUGUCUUUGUGGGAGGGCGAAGUUACAUUCCAAAAUCUAGAUUUGCGUUUAGAUGUUUUGGAACAAGAAUUGAGUUUGCCCUUUGAAUUUCUGUCGGGACAUAUACAUGAGUUGGUCAUACAGGUGCCAUGGACAAAGAUAACUUCGGAACCCAUCAAGGUACUCAUCAACACCAUAGAAUUUGUUCUGAAGGCCAAAACAGAAGAACAUGGUGCCAAAUCAUCAGCUGGAAAUUCUCCCCAACACACCAGUGUGAUGGAGGGUGCAGCAAAGGCAGAACGUAAAGAUGAUGAAACAUCAAGCAUGAGCUCUGGCUUGGCCAUGAAAAUUGUCAAUAAUAUCAAUGUGCAGUGCCAGAAUAUUAUAUUGAAAUAUGUUGAAGAGGAUAUUGUGGUCUCAAUGAAUGUGCAAUACUUGAGCUAUUGUCCGGCCAAUGAGCUAUGGCAGCCAGCCAUGGUUGAUGUCAAUCCGCAUAAAGUGUUAAUGCGAAAACUAAUUAAUAUCUCCGACUUGACCAUAUGUUUGGACAAACGAAAUUCUGCUGGCCAAAUUGAUGUUUGCCAGGAACCGGUCUUGUAUAGAUGCACUUUAGAGAUACGAUUUCUGCGCAAAUACAACAGUAGCUCCCUAGCUACCAGUAGUAUAACACGUAUAGGAAUUUUUACACAGGCCCUUGAUUUAAAUUUGUCCUCAUUGCAAAUUCCAAUGCUGAUGCGCCUUAUCAAAUUCCUUACGUCAUUAUCAGGAGACAGCAGUACGGACGAUGAUUUGUGUUGCUCGAAUAAGGAACGUGUUGCCGACAGAGCAACGGACACAUCAGGAUCAUCAUAUUUAUCAUGGGCAUGGAACUUAUUACCCAGUUUUACGUUCGAAGAACCCGAUGAAGUUGACAGUGGCAGUGAUGAUGUCCCGGGACAUACAAAAGAUGUGGGCAUUUAUAUUGAAGAGUUGAAUUUUACAUUAAAAAAUUCCGAAUUCAUUAAUGAUGCAAUAAUGGGAGGCAUAAAGCGUAUCCGUUAUACACCAAUUGUACGUUUUACUUUUGGUGGUUUGUAUUUUGAACGCGUGGCUGUGAAAGAAAUCGAUUGGUGCAGCACCAAAGCCGGGUUAUCUUCGAUAUAUGUUGAACCUUUGGGUCAGUACCGUACCGAAGAUACACCGGAAUCCUUGGCAUUGUUGGAAACGUCACCAUAUACCAAUAUGCGUUCCUUCAUAGACAAAUCACUGUUCGAUGAACAGUGUAUGAUUGCAGAUCGUGGCUGGGGUGUCACAAAUUAUGAUGACUAUGUUACACGCAUCACAGAUGACUAUCUGAUCUUUCGUAGCCCUGUCUUUGCUUUAGAUAUUAUAACAUAUCGCUCGCCAACAGGAUAUUGUGAAUCUAAAGAUGCCAAUAUUACCGCAAAUAUUAGUGGAAUGAAAAUCCCUGAUAUACACAAGCAAUGUCGUCUCUUAUCCUCGGGCAUUACAUUUCGUUUGAAUGAAACAUUUAUGCAGGUUAAAAAUAUAAUACAACAUUUCAUAGAUUUAUAUGAUUCAUCAAUUGCAUAUUCAUCAAAUGCAGAGAAAAUCGAAAUACAUGAUACAAGUACAACAGCCAAAUCAAAGGCUAUAGCAACAUACCAUCAAGAUUUGGCUACGGCAUGUAAUGAACCUUCAGAAACGCAUAUUGGUGGUGGUGGUGGUGGGCGAAGUCAGAGUGUCACAGAUGGUUCACCAAAACUACAUCCUCCCUUGGUAGAGGACUAUGAUGCCCUCAUGCAGGGUGUGCCUUUGUGUAGAUAUAAAAUAGAUUUGAAAUAUAUGCAAGUGGAAAUAUUUGCCAAAACAGAAGCACCCCUGCAAAGCAAUCGACCACACAGGCGUUUACCGUCAGCUAUUAAAAAUUCCCUGCCUUUUCUUUUGGUAAAUUUUGAUUUAAUUGAAGUUAAUCUAACCACGCCUAUAAAUCCAGACAAAUUAGUACAUACAACAUGUCAACUACCAGAUAAACCCCAGGAACUACUCAACGCCUGUUAUGAUAAUUAUGAACUGAAUGUUAUGGACUUAACACUGAGUCUAAUGGCGCCUUCCAAGGACACAUCCAUACGUCUAAUAACUAUACCUAAACUAAAUAUGAGCUAUGGCAAAUUAUUGCAACCGCAACAUUGGAAAACCGAUGAAGUUUCCAUUAAAAAAUUAGAUUUACAAUGUGAUCAUAUUAAAAUGGAAUUUUCAAAAAGAGAGUUAUUUGCUUUACUGUAUUUGUAUGACAGCCUGUGGAGAUAUCGUCCAGAGUUAUUGAUUAAAAUAUCGACAAUUUUGAAUCAUCCAUACGAAAUGGCAGAUUCCACAGCAUUGAGUUGUUUAUUUAGCAAACUACAAGUUAAACGACGUUUCUAUCACACCUUUGACAUAUGGAAUGCUCAUUUGCAAGCCGUGAAUUCUGAUGUAUUAUUGGAAAGAAAAUCUGUUCAGUUGCAACGUUAUAACAUAUUCAAUACGACAGCUAAGAUUCACAACAACCAAAGUAAAUGGCUGGAAAUCCACAUACAAUACCCCGGACUCUCUGGAGAAACGAAAGCUGGAAAAAGAGAAACGAAAGAAGCUGAUAAAAUGGCAAUUGGCAUAUGGAUGGAAAAGUUCUAUCUGAAUUGCAAUAAACAGUUAUUGGAUUUUCUUUCAUUACUUUGCAAAGAAGAUGAACGCUUCAGUAGAGAGUUCUCUGUCGAAACUGAAUUACAAAGCCAAACAGUUCAAAAUCCUCCCGUUCCUAGCAGUCAACACACCAGUUCAGCCCAUUCAACAGCAUAUCAAACAAAUCCUUCUAUGCCACAGGUAUUUGGUAGAAAAUCAUCACGCAAUUCAAAUUCUCUGCGAAAAAUAUCCCAUCCGGAAGAGACAAUACACUGUAGCUCGGAAAAGGAUGAACGAAUCGAAUACACAACAACGGAUCCUCUUUUAACCGAAGAAAUCAAAGCCGACAGCACUCCUAAGGAAAACAAAGAGACGGAUGAAGAAAAAAUUAAAAAUUAUUUCAAACAAUUUAAUACGAUUAUAAUUUACAUGGAAAUAGCACAAAGUCAAAUGGACAUAACAAAUCACAAAUACUUGUCUAAGGAUAAAGUCGUGGACUAUACACGUUUUACUUUACCCCGUAUAGUUUUGAAAUCCUCAUUCGCCGAGUAUAUUACACGUUCUAGUUUGCGUUUAAAGGUGAAUCCGCCGCUGAACACAAAGACCACCUUUAAUUGGACAAUACAAUUUCUAGAUUUGUCUAUAGAGACCAGUAUAAACGAUCAGCUUUUCGCUGCAUUGCAGCCAUGGCAAACAACGGUUACCGUGGCCAUGAACAAACGCAAACAAAAUCCAACAAUACCCACAAAUCUUUCACAAUAUACUUCACCGACUUUUAAAUCGAAUCAGCAACAGCAGUCAUCGCCACGCAGUAACAAGCCAAAAUCAAAAAAUCCCAUUUCGGAUCAUGCCUCAAAAUCUCACGAAAAUUCUUCGGUUUCAUCCGGCUCGUUAAAGGAAAUAUUUUCGGGCAGUGAACAUUGCAAAGACUCAUCAUCGGCCACACCAUCAUUGCCAAAAGUUGGCACAAAGCCAGCUGGAAAUGCCGAAGGUUGCCCGAGUGGAGAUAAAGUUGUGGAAUUAAUAUGUUUAAAUUUACAUUUGGAUUCCUCCACCGUAUAUAUGUAUGCCAAUAAUAUAAAUACCUUGCAGAAUCAUUUUCAACAUUUUAUAAAUGUUUUGGAUUUGGCAUCUGUAAUAUUUGUUGCCAAGCGGGAUACAGCAAGUGCGAGGAGCAAUAAGCAACCAGUUAAAAUUCUUACCCUAACUGAAGAUCAUCAUCAUAUUAAGGAGUUUAUGGAUCUCGAUUCGAACUCGGAUAUUUCUUCAAAGCCAGCAAAUGAGUAUAAAUCACUGUUGAACAAACUCUCCCUUUUCUGCCAAUGGACGGUGACAAAAAUCAUAGUUGAAGUGGUCAAUUCUUUCGAGCAGCCUCAACGUAGUAAAAUCGUUUUGGAACUUGAAGAUUUCCUUUGCACUGUUGAUCAGGGACAAGAUUUUACAAAAUAUACUAAUAAAAUAGGAAAUUUCAAUCUAAAUUAUUAUAAUCAAAAGUCGCCGAAUGAAUGGUUGGCACAGGAGCGUAUUCGAGUCCGUAUGAUUGCCGAAACCACCGAUCUUCCGUUUUUAAAUAUUGUCAUUACCAAGGUGUGCUUAAGAGAUUUCUACAAACGUAUUGGUGUUAAACGUAAAGGAGAAAUGGAUCGUUUUAUAAGUGAAAUAGUUGUCAUAAUGCAGGCGAUGGAAAUCAUUGUGGAUUUUGAUUGUAUACAAGAGUUUUUGGAGCCUUUGUGUGCAUUGAUAUGGAAAAAUGCGAGUGAUGAAGAGCGAAACUGUCAGCAAGACAAAAAGAACAAUGCCCCCACCAUUGUAAAAGCUGCCGACUUGCCCCUAGUCCACUUUGAAAGCAAAGGCAUAACAUGUUAUUUUCCCUUAGCGAAUCUAAUGCAACAGCAAUGCUCAGUAUUAAUAUGUAAAAUAGAUAGUAUUAAUGUUACGCCCAAUUUGCAAAAUCCCCUGCAGCGUAAACCACAGAGGCCAGAUGUUUAUGGUAAAGCGGCCUCAAUGGGUAUUUUAAGUAUACCGGGAUCAAUGGUGGAAGAUCGUCAAUAUGAAUUGACUCUGAGAAAGUUUUCGGCAGCCUCUGGCAAUUGGCAUGAAAUUUUAACACAUAUGCGUAAUAAGGAUCAUAACUUUCACACAAAUCCAGCUGUGGAGUGGAACAAUCCCGAACGUAAACAAUCAUUGCGUUUGGCUGAAAUAUUUAAAAAUUUUACACUCAUUGUUAUUUAUGCCCCAAAUAUUGUUUACAACAAUAUACUUAUAUGCGGAGAGGCUUUAGAGUUUAAUUGUUCAUCGGAUAUGGUUACCAAUAUAAGUACAGAUCAGUUGCAAAUGUUUGCGAGUCAUUGGCGAAAAUUCCAACAAAUAUCCGAGUCGAUACGUAAUAUAUGCAAUAGAAAAUUGAAUUCCUCUACAAGACGUUUAACGCCACAUUCUAAAAUACAAAUGGAAUCUAUGGCAAACAUAGAUCAUUUGAAUAUGCGCAUAACGAAAACAGAGAAGCAGAAAAAUAUUGUAAAUACAUCAGAAAUUCGACGUUUUAGCCGCUUGGGAUCAGCAUCACAAUUCGAAUCGAUUGAUGAAGACGGUGAACCUCAAAUAAAAACAGAUUCUGGUGUACAGUCGUUAAAUUCCAAACCAUCUGUGACACACUCAUUACCAACAAAAGAAGUAUUAAAGACUCAAAACAAUACCCACAUUCCAUUGGAUAAAUUUCCACCAAUCUAUCCACCCAUAAAAACCCAUACUGUUAUUGGCAACAAAAGAAAUCUUCCCAAAUCUAUUUCAUUGUUGGCCGGGGUAUUUACAUUCAAAAUAUACGAUUCAUCUUGUACACAGGAAGGACAUGAGCUAUCACUGGAAAAUAAUGAACCAUUGGUCAAGCCUUUAAUGUCCAUGACAAUUUCACAACCAAGUUUUAUGGUUACCCAAAAUAUUUAUGAUUCUGUGGUAAAUUUUUCGGUAUUCAAUUUAAAGUUAUUUUUGCCACAGAUUCAUAACUGCAACUGGUCUUCGGGGAAUUUUGCAAGCCCAUCACCCCCCGUAGAACAGUUUUGUGAAGCCAUAAUUGAUACAAAACCUGGGGAAUUGAGUUCAACCGGAAUACCACCGGCAUUGUUGACAUACAAAGCCAGUCAAACCAAAUUGAAAAUGCUGGAAAUCGAUAUUGAUUUAUCGAAACCGCUGGUCAUAACCUUAAGUCAAUCUUACAUAGAGGAAAUGUGUAAAAAUCUUAUGAUAAUCUACAAUUGUAUACACACGAACACAGCUACAACUUUGUGUACUUUCCAACAAGGACCCGUACAUCGUCUAUCCAAAAUUAUGCUUAUGAAAACCAAUACUUUAAACGCCGAUCGUUUAAAUAUUAAGUGUAAUAAUAUUGGACUCAAGCUAACCAAUCACACCGAUUACGAAACUAAUUUAAAUCUCAACGAACUAAAAGUUAAUUUAAAGUAUUUAACACGACCCGAAAAGUGUUCUGUAAAAUAUUCAUUGGCCGCAGUAUAUUUACGCACAAAUCGUAAAAUUUUCCUACAUCCCAUGUCGUUGAGGGGUUCCAUUGAUUUUGUUAGCGAACCCUGGAAUCGUUUACCCUUGAUCAAUGUUAUUUGUAAAUUUAAUGUUAUACAAAUCGAUUUGGGAGUUUCAAUUCUAAAACAAAUGCAACAAGCCUUAACGGAUUUGUCCUCAAUAGCUGCAUAUGCUCAAAAACAAUUGCAACACUUCCAAGCUUUAAAUUUACAUGAAAACUAUGGCCGCGAAAUAAAUCGUCAAGUUUUGCGUCAACUUAAGUAUCCGAAUAUAAAUUCAUUUAUUAAAAACAACAAGAGUCUGAAACGAGAAGAAUUUUAUCAGGACGAUUUAAGAGCUGGUGCUUUCCAAUUUGUGGAACUAAUGUCUGAUGCAGUACUUCCAUUGCCCUAUCAAGUGCAAAUUAUCAAAAAGGACUAUGGUAUUAUUUGCUGGCGUUAUCCACAGCCAAGAAAAAUGUGUAAAAUACACAUAUACCCAGUGCCAAUGGCGGUCUCUAAUCCAAUACACAUACGAUGUCGUAUGGAAUAUUUUAGUGAGGUGCAUGAACAAUUUCUACAUUUUUGUGAUUUUUGGCUUUCGGAAACCAAUUCCAAAGAAAUUAAAUUACCCGAACGUGAAAUUUGUGCCACCAUAUGGCGGGUGGUAAUUUUACAAUCGCUGGUUUCCGUCGAUGGCGAAUGUUUCGAUACCAGUGAAGAAGAUGAAGAAUUGCAAUCGAUUUCGAAUAUGAACAUUGAAGAAAUAUUGGGCAAGGGUCGCAAAGAUUCUGAUUUUAUGUUACAUCCAAAAGUAUUAGUUGCCUGUAUGCGGGUAGACACAACAUUCCAAUCAAAAUCGGUGCCGAAAAUACAAACAUUGUUAAGUUUCAAUACGGUAUAUGUGAACCUGUUGAAUAAACCCAACGAUAAUGAUGAAUUGCCGGUCACGUUGAGGAAUUAUCAUUUGGCCAAUAAUUUAAAAAUAUCCCAAGCCUUUUUGGUGUUCUCUCUACAAAAUAUUAAAAUGCAUGGCGUUGUUUAUAGCCGUCAGAAAUACAAUGCCAAUGUGUCGCUGACGGCCCACAUUAAAUAUUUGGACUAUGGAUUUUUUAAUAUGUUGCCGUUGCUGGAGGAAACAACUAUUCAGACAUAUUUGGAAAUGGAUCAAAAGAAAAAUAUCGUAAACGUUAAUUUCGUAUGUGAUCGUUUACGUUUCAAUUUGGGUCCAUCGGUGCUGCAUACCCUGCUCUCGUCCAAGCAACAUUGGGAAGAAUGUCUGGAUAAGAAUGAGCGGCGUGUACAUCAUGUUCUAAUACCGAAAUGUAUUGUGGUAAAUCGUACAAUGACCGCCAUGGCUUUCGGCCAGUCCGGUACACACGAACGCAUACCAUUAAGUCCCAAAGAAUGCUGUAUGUAUUCUUUUCGCAGUGAUUGCAGUAGUCAAGAUUUAACUUUGUAUAUAUCCGAUGAGGAAACCAACACUGUGGAUACAUCCGAAUCAAUACAUAUUCCAUUUAAAUUCGAUAACGAAACAAUGUCACAAACAUUCUGCAUUGGACAAAAGUGCAUUAUAAUUAAAUCGAAAAAGUUAUCCGGUUCGCAAAUAUGUGUCUUGAUUCAGGGCCAAAUUGAGUUGAUUUCAAUGGUUGAGCAUAAUCUGCGUUUGGAAUUUCGCCAAGAGGGAAAAGUGUACGAUGAGACAAAUAAACCAUUGGAAUAUUUUAUCGAGCGGAAUGGCAGAAAUUCAUUUUAUUAUAAUGUCAAUCGCAAUACGAAUAUAAGCAUGAGAUUAAGAUUAGCAGAUAAUAAAGUGAGAGCCCGCACCGGAGAUAUACCACUGAAAAUGAACAAAAAAUUACCUUGGUUGGUUAAAGUUCCGGUCACUAAUAAUGAAUUCAUCAGCUUUUGGGUAAGAAUUUUGCGAGAAGAUAUAACCACUUUAUCGAACGAUUCGACGUAUCCACAAAAAAUCCUAAUUACCAUUUGGCCAAUCUUCGAAAUAACAUCCAAGUUAAAUUGUGCCAUUCAAGCAAAGGAAGUAACUACCGGACAAGAAUUUAGUUUAUUGGGACAGGGAGGACAAUAUAUUUUGGAUGCAUCAGCUACACAUUUAACAGAACAUCCGCUAAAAUUCAACUAUGAAUUUCCAUUGAGUGCAUCAUCACAGGAUAAUUAUACGCUACGUUUAAGAUCGUUGGAUUGGCAAAAAUUCUUUUGGUAUGAUGAACACAAAUGGACGAUAGAGAAUGCAUUAAAUGUUUUGGCAAAACCUUUGGCCAAGAAUUGGCCUUUAGAAAAUGAAGAAGAGUUGAAGGUUAAACGCAUUUCACAAAAUUUCGCAGAAAGUGAUGUAAUAUAUAAUACUCAAGUGAGCAGAGAAUUUUCAUGUACUCUCAAUUUGGAGGUGGCGCCUUGGGGAAUGUUUAUAAAUGGCACAGGCGUGGAGAUACAAUUAAAGCAAUUUGAGGCGUCAACGCAACAGGAAACCAAACAAAUUUCAAUUGGUGCCAAUCAACUGGAAAUGUUGUUUAAUAUUUCUCAAGGUUUUGUUAUUGGCAUUCGCCAUGAUGCUUCAUGGAAUUAUUCGUUGCCAAUAUUUUUUGAAAAUGCCCUGUCUAAUCAAUGCAAACGUUAUUAUGUUUUGACAGAGGGAGAUGUCACCGAUAUUGUCAUCCUUCGAGACAAGGAGGUGUUCAAAUUUGUCUUAAAACUAAACACUGAAAAUAAUUGUAAAAUUUUGAAAUUAAGUUCUAAAUUUGGUGUAGUAAAUUAUACCAAAAUACCACUUUAUCUCUUGCCAUUUGCCAUGGACCACAAGGAGAAUGUAAUGCGUUGCAAUAUCCAGAGAUUAAAUGAAAAAGCUCCUAAUAUACCGGUUAACCCAACCUACAAAUGGUAUAGCAGUAUUGGCCUAUCGCUGACCACUUUUUGUGAUAUCAAUUUUGAGAGUGCUUCACGUUCAGUGGAUACAGCUUUUGUAUAUUUUGUGGUAAUUAAAAUGGAAGAAGAUGCGGAUAUUUCAAUACCCAUACCACUGGCAUUGCCGUUUAAUAGAAAAUGUGUGAGUGUACAGCGCGGAAAUGAAUCAUUUGCUUUGAUGGUUUCACUCAUCGAACACGAGGGCUUAUAUUAUUUAAGUAUUUCGGAAGAUCCCUCACCCGCCGUUUUGGUUAACAAUCAAACCGAUUGUGCAUUUAUUGUUGCCCAAACUAACGCCUCGGAAAAUAGUAAAGUUUCUUCAACCACUCCUGAAUAUGAUGGCAAACACUUGGAAUGGUAUCACAUGAUACCGAAGCAAAGCAAAUGUUACUACACACCACCUGAGUGGUACAUUCGAUUUCCUGAAGUCGAUUCCACGUUGUGUAACAUCACUUUGGCAUUGUAUGAUGAUGCCUCCACUAAGAAGACCAUUAAAUGGUCAAAGCCAAUUCGUUUGGAUAAGACAUGGAAAAAAUUCCUGCAUAUUCCGGGACAUGGGGAUGUUAAGGUUAUAAUCUGUGAUAAACAUCGAGUAAUACGGCUAAAUAUUUAUUACAUAUCUCAGCAAAUGGAAUUUUCGGUUAAAGAUUUACGUUUGCGGUUGUCUACUACGGAACCCAAGUCAAUAGACUGUUCUGGAAAUAAAGAAUACAAAAGUACCACAGACACAACAAUUACUAAACUAUAUACAGAAACUCCACAAUUCUCCAAACCCGAUGUAUGCCAUCAUUUUCGCAAUGAAUGUACACCUCGACCGGAUACCAAACUUCGACUUUUCAUUAAGGAGAUAGUUCUCAGUCUUCAUACGGACAGCGCCCAAAGGCAAUAUAUGAAACAAGAAGUUUUCAGUUUAUAUGCGGAUGAUUUUGCGAUGGCCUACGAUGACUCGGAAGAUGAACGUCUCCUGAAUGUUGUAAUACCUAACCUACAAAUUGACAAUCAAUUGUUCUCAACCGGAAAAUAUGAUUUUCCCGUCAUACUGUGUGCCCAAGAGUUGUAUCAACGUAAUGAUCUCUUGCCUGAACCCUAUUAUCUGGGAAGCUAUUAUAAAUAUCUAGCUGAGAAAUCUCCCAUGAUAAGCUUGAAGCUUAAACUCUUUGAAGAUGAAUUCAAAAUAUGUUCCCUAAGGUGUCAUUUUACUCCGGUGCGGGCUUACAUAGAAGAUGCGUACAUUACGGAUUUCUUGGAUGCCCUAGUUGAGUGUGAGCCAUCCAACUGUGCCUAUCGUCCAAAAUCGAAAAUGGAACGCAUUGAACUGAUUGGCAAUCAAUUGUGUAUACCAAAUGAUGUUGCCCGAGCUGCCUUGUAUACAGCUGAGCCUUUACAAUUGAGAUAUUUUUGUAUCGAGCCAAUGAGCGUUUUACUAUCUGUACACACCUCUGUACGUUUGUAUAUCGCUUUGGAUCACUCCCCAUUGUCAUUCUCGUCAUAUGAACGAAGCCAUUUGCUGACUAUGCCCAUGAAAUUUGGCCAAAAUUUGGGCAUGCAUUACUUGUCGGGUGCUAUUUUUGGUGCUGGCUGGGUUGUGGGUUCUUUGGAAAUUCUUGGUAGCCCCAGUGGUUUGGCAAGAUCAGUUACCACCGGCCUGAAAGAUUUUGUUUCCUUGCCGGUGAGGGGUCUUUUCCGUGGCCCAUGGGGCUUUAUAGUUGGUAUAACACAAGGCUCCGCUUCAUUGCUGAAAAAUGUAACGGCUGGUACCGUCAAUUCAGUAACAAAAUUAGCUGCCUCGGUGGCCCGAAAUUUGGAUCGUUUGACAUUGGAUGAGGAACACAUAGAACGAACAGAGGCUCUUCGCCGUUCUAGGCCACAAGGUUUUACGGAAGGUCUCUCACAAGGUAUGACCGGUUUGGGGAUUAGCAUGCUGGGAGCUGUUGGUGGUUUGGCACAUCACACUUUAGAGGCUCGUUCCACGGUGGAAGUUUUUACUGGUCUUAGCAAAGGUUUGGUGGGAGCAUUUACCAAACCCAUUAGUGGUGCUGCUGAACUUUUGGCCUUGGCUGGUCAAGGCAUGUUGCAGACGGUGGGAUUCAAUGCUAUGCCAAAACAAAGGUCACCAUCCACAUUACGAAAUUUGUCACUGGAACCGUCCGGUUAUCGUACAUGGAAGAUAUUACCCAUUGAAAUGUCAUGUGAUCAGAUUUUAUUCUAUCACGAUGUAACCCUGAGUGAUGAAGAUCACCUAAAAAGAGGUUAUGUUUUUCUAACCUCAAGAAUUUUUGCCAUUAUUGAGGCGGAGGCAAGUAGAUUGCUGUUUGCCUUACCUCUAGACAAGGUGCAGGUUACGGCAGAUAAUAAUGACAAAACCAAAUAUUAUGUGCGACUCACAAAGGAAAGAGAAGAUAUGGAAGAGGACGCCGAUUUUACCAAUGAACGUAUUAUGAAUUUCCUACACACCUCAUCCAUUAAAAUUACUUCAGAUUCUCUGUUCUCCGAUUUGUUGCAUACCUCCAACGAAUCGAAUGAUUUAAUGCAUAGCACAUCGAAUUAUAAACGCUCACAAACAUUGGAUUGGACAUUUUACAUAAGCGAACAUUUGGGUGAAUAUAUUUUACGCUAUUUUAAAAUUCUAAAUUCCAAAUAUCUAAAUUAACACAGUGCAUACACAUUAUCUUAUCAUUAUUAUUGUAAUAGUAGAAUGUAGAGAAUUCAAAAUUGCUCUUUUUUCAUUAUUGAAUUUUAAAAAGCAUAACAAAAAGACAUAUUUUGUAAUAAGCGUUUUGUUUUUGUCUAACGAUUUUCUGGAUAUAAGACUGUAUUUAAUUUAUUGUAUAUAAUGAUUUAUAUACAAAGACACUGUAAUACGAUUUUGUUCAUAAUAUAUAAAAACUUUUUCAUAGA